AUGGAUUACAUUCCUGAAGAUACUUUCACCUUUAUGCUCGUCUCUAUAUGGGCCAUUUUCGCAGUGACGUGGUACGCCUGGUUCUUCUUCUUCAAACCCAAUUUUAAGCUUCCACCAGGUCCGCCGGGACUCCCUUUGUUCGGCAACCUUCUAUCACUUGACCCAGAGCUUCACUCUUAUCUGGCCACUCUGUCUCAAACCUAUGGUCCCAUCUUCACGCUGCGACUCGGAACCAAAUAUGCCUUCGUCCUCACCUCCCCUUCAAUGGCUCGUCAAGUGCUCAAAGACCAUGACGUCAUUUUCGCCAACCGUGUCCUGCCGAUCGCUGGCAAGAAAGCAGCCUACGGCGGGAGAGAUAUCGUUUCCAAUCCUUACGGACCUGAGUGGAGAAUGCUGAGAAAGGUUUGUGUAUUUAAGAUGCUCGGUAACUCCACGUUAGAUUCUGUUUACAGCCUUCGUCGCAUGGAGGUUCGGAAAACUGUAAGUUUUUUAUAUAGUCGAGCUGGGUCUGAGGUUAAUAUCGGGGAACAGAUAUUUCUUACUGUGUUAAAUGUGAUCACGAACAUGAUGUGGGGUGAGACGGUGGAAGGCGGUGAGAGGACCGUCGUAGGAGCCGAGUUCAGGGAAGUUGUGUCGGGCAUUACGGAGAUUUUGGGGACGCCGAACGUAUCUGACUUUUUUCCUGGGUUGUCUUGGUUUGACGUGCAAGGUUUAGAGAGAAAGAUAAUAGUGUUGGCCAAGAGAUUGGAUCAGAUCUUUGAGAAGAUGAUUGAUAGGCGAAUGAAGAUGAAUAGGGAGAAUGAAAGUGAUCAAGGAGGAGAGAGUAAAGACUUCUUGCAAUUCUUGUUGAAACUCAAGGAUCAACAAGAUUCCAAGACCCCUCUCUCCAUGAUCCACGUGAAGGCCCUCCUCAUGGAUAUGGUGGUAGGUGGAAGUGACACGUCCGCUAACUCAAUUGAGUUUGCGAUGGCUCAUAUAUUAAACCAUCAAGAGGUGAUGGAGAGAGUCCAAGAAGAAUUGGACAGUGUAGUGGGAAGAGAAAAUGUGGUAGAAGAGUCUCAUAUUAGCAAACUCCCAUACUUGCUUGCCGUUAUGAAAGAAACACUGAGAUUGCACCCUGCUCUUCCAUUACUAGUCCCUCACUCUCCAAGUGAAACUACCACUGUGGCUGCCUACACAAUCCCAAAAGGCUCUCGUGUGUUUGUGAAUGUGUGGGCCAUACAUAGAGAUCCUUCCAUUUGGAACAAUCCUCUACAAUUUGAUCCUUCAAGGUUUUUGGAUUCUAAAUGGGAUUAUAGUGGGAAUGACUUCAAUUACUUCCCAUUUGGGUCUGGACGAAGGAUGUGUGCAGGAAUUGCCAUGGCUGAAAGAACCUUUUUGUAUUUUCUUGCAACGCUGAUGCAUUCAUUUGAUUGGGAAUUACCUGACGGCCACAAGUUGGAUAUUUCUGAGAAAUUUGGUAUUGUUCUUAAGAAGAAAAUACCUUUGGUCGCCAUUCCCUUACCACGAUUAUUAGACUCAGGUCUUUAUGAGUAG